CUGCUGUUUUCUGAUGUCAUGAAAAGGAGACGACCGAGGAAUUUCCCUCCGGGACCUUUGAUCCUACCCUUCCUGGGCAACCUACUCCACAUGGAUGUCAAACGGCCUCUUAUCGCCAUUGAGAAGCUUGCUGAAAAAUAUGGCAACAUUUUCAGCACGCAGAUGGGUAGCAUGACACUUGUUUUUGUAAAUGGAUUCCAACUGGUGAAGGAAGUGCUUGUCCAUCAGGGCGAUGACUUUCUUGAUCGACCACAAUUUCCUGUUAUCCAUGAAUUCUUCAAGACAUUUGGAUUAAUAAUGUCCAAUGGACAUAGCUGGAAACAACAAAGAAGAUUUGCUUUAUCAACUCUAAGGAACUUUGGCCUGGGGAAGAGGAGCUUAGAAGAACGCAUACUGCAGGAGAGCAGAUACCUCACAGAAGCAUUUGAAGAAGAAAAAGGGCAACCUUUCGACCCUCAUUUUAAAAUUAACAAUGCUGUAUCCAACAUUAUCUGUUCCAUCACAUUCGGGGACCGGUUUGAAUAUCAUGACAGUCAGUUCCAGAAGUUACUGCGACUGAUUGAUGAGAAUUUCUAUCUCCAGGGAAGUAUUUGGAACCAGAAGGAAAUGGCAAAGGCGGAUACUGACUAUAGUUUCCAUGAAGAAAAUCUUGUAUUUUCCACAUUGGAUCUUUUUUUUGCUGGAACUGAAACAACAUCUACAACCAUCCUCUGGGCUCUGCUGUACAUGGCCACAAAUCCAGAGAUUCAAGAGAGAGUGCAAGCAGAGAUUGACACAGUGAUUGGCCAGUCUCGACAGCCCGCCCUAGGGGACAGAGAUAACAUGCCGUACACCAAUGCAGUUAUUCACGAAGUGCAAAGGAUAAGCAACAUUUUGCCUUUCAGUGUGCCUAGAAUUGCAACAAGGGAUACAACACUGGCUGGAUACCAAGUGCCAAAAGGUACUGUUUUAAUUUUCAAUUUAACAUCAGUGCUGUUUGACAAGAAUGAGUGGGAAACCCCUCAUACUUUUAAUCCUAAGCAUUUUCUGGAGAACGGUCAAUUCAAGAAGAGAGACACUUUCCUCCCAUUCUCUGCAGGAAAGCGGGGUUGCCUUGGUGAGCAGCUGGCUAGAACAGAGCUGUUCCUGUUCUUCACCAUCCUCCUUCAGAAAUUCACAUUCCAAGCUCCAAAGGACGUAAAGCUAAGCCUUGAAUACAGAAUGGGAAUUACUCUCCACCCAUUGCCAUACCAAAUCUGUGCAGUGUCUCGGUAG